UCUUCAGGGUAUUAAGCUGAGAAUACAGAGGAGGACAGGCUCAGACCUUUACCUCACUGCCUCAUUCUCCCUUCCAUGUGAACCUUCUGCAACGUUUCCUUCAUCCUGCCGCACCUCUCACCUGGCCAGCGCUGUCCGGACCAUGUCCGCUAAGCUCCUGCCGGUUUUCUUCCUCCUCUCAGUGUUCCACGCUUGUUCUAGAACGGUUGAAGACGAUGAAUAUGAAGAUGGAACAACUAACCAAAGUUGGGUUUUAGCUCCAAAAACCCAAGAUACAGAUGUGACUCUCAUACUAAACAAGCUGCUGAGAGAGUAUGACAAAAAGCUGCGGCCAGAUAUUGGAAUAAAACCGACAGUUAUUGAUGUUGACAUUUAUGUUAACAGCAUUGGUCCUGUAUCAUCAAUAAAUAUGGUAAGUGACUUACUUACAAAGAUUUUUAUCUGGAUUGCUGAUCUUGGCAUCAAUACUAACUUUUGAAAAAGACACUAAAUACCACAGUGAUAAGUUGUUUGAUUCUG